UCUAUAAAUCUGAGUUGGUCUAUACAUUUGCAGAGAGAAGAAGAACAGAGCCGCUGCGAUCUCCAAGCCCCGUCGUUGCCUGACACUCAAGAUGAAGACUUUGGCCAUCCUGCUUUUUGCCUCUCUGGCUGUUGCCUGUCUGUCUUCAGACUCCAUGGAUUCCAACGGUGACGACCGAGAUGAUGACCGUCAUGACCGCGAUGACCACCGCCGCAGCUACAACGACCGCUACGACGACCGCCGCUACGACGACCGCCGCAACAACGGCCGUUACAACAACGACCGCCACGACAACGGCGACCGCUCCAACGGCGACCGCUCCAACGGCGACCGCUACGACGACCGCUACAACGGCGACCGCUCCAAUGGCGACCGCUCCAACGACAACGGGGACCGCUACAACAACAAUGGCGACCGCUACAACAAUCAGCGCCAUCCGGUGUUUGUGGAUAGGUCACAGGCCGCUGCAGUGGUGCCGCCCAGGAGAGCAACUGUCGAGCUGUCCUUGACCCAGCUGGAGAGUUUGAGAGAAGUCUGCGAGUCCAACGUGGCUUGCGACCACAUGAUGGAUACCGAUGGAGUCGUCGCUGCUUACAACGCCUACUACGGACCCGUUCCUUUUUAGAUGCCAAAUCACAUCAGUUGACUCCUUGUCAUGGCAGAAAUAGUUUGAUGUAGCAUUUUGUUAUCACCUGCCUCUUUCAAGUUAACCCCCUUUUCUAUCUAAAUAACACGAGAAAACAAUUCCAAAAGUGUUUUGACCAAAAAAAUGUGAGAAGCAGUGCUGGAGGAGUAGCACCGAUAUAUGAAUUUAUUUUUCAAUUCUGUACAGAGCGGCCCAUUUGUCUCUGAUUCGAUCACCUCUUUCAAUCUGUAGUGUGAUGAAUAAGUAAAAAUAAUCAAAAUCA